AUGAGUGCAAUUCACUUCCAGACUCCAUUGUCUCAGGAAGAACAAUCUGUCAUCAAUCAGAAAUUUAAACAGCUAGAUACCGAGGAUCUGGGUAUAUUAACCGGGGAAGCCUUAAGACCCGUCUUUGCCGCAUCAGGUCUAUCUGGUCAAUUAUUAUCUCAAGUUUGGGCUCUAGUGGAUGUGGGUAACAAGGGAUUCUUAAACAAGGAUGAAUUUUCCGCAGCAUUGAGAGUCAUUGGCCAUUUACAACAUAAUCCAACUUUGGUCAUUAACUCUCAAUUGUAUGAAAAUCCAGCCCAAAUAACACUUAAUAACAAUUCAACGGGCAACAAUUUGCAACAAAAUUCCUCUGCAAUUCCAUCACCAUCUCAGAAUGAUAUCGCCAAAUUCUCACAUUUAUUCGAUAGAACAGCAGCUGGGAAUCAACGUUUACCUGGAGAUAAAGCUAAAGAGAUAUUCUUGAAGGCAAAUCUACCAAACCAAACAUUGGGGGAAAUCUGGGCUCUUUGUGAUAAGAAUGCAUCUGGUGCCCUAGAUAAACCAGAAUUUGUCAUGGCAAUGUACAUGAUUCAACUUUCAAUGGCUAAUCAUCCAUCUUUAAACCCAUUCCCAACAUCAUUAUCACCACAAUUGUGGAAUUCCAUUAAUAAUGGAAUUAACUCACAACCUCCUGCUGCUCCUAUAAGUAACAAUUCCACGGGACUUUCAUCCAUUAAUGGGCCUGGGCCAGCUACUGGUUUACAAAGACAAUCUUCCACUUUGACCCGUUUAUCGUCAGGUGCAUUUAGUAAUGCAGCAUCAGAUUGGACUAUUAACCAGGAAAAGAAACAACAAUUCGAUGCCAUUUUUGAUUCAUUAGAUAAGAAUCACGAAGGUGCAUUGACUGCUGAUAUAUUAGUCCCCUUCUUCGUUUCAUCUAAGUUAAGUCAAGAUACAUUAGCUACUGUUUGGGAUUUGGCUGAUAUCCAUAAUAAUGCUAAAUUCACAAAGUUAGAAUUCGCAAUUGCCAUGUUUUUAAUUCAAAAAAAGAAUUCAGGUAUUGAUUUACCUGAUGUAGUUCCUGACCAACUCUUACAAUCUCCAGCCCUUAAUUAUCAAAAUGGUGCAAUGCAGCAGGCUCCACAACAACAACAACAGAGCUCAAUGCCAAUUCCAUCAAGAUCAACUAAACCAUCUUUCCAAGAAGCAGUUCAACCACAACAGUUACCUCAACCACAAGUUCCACAAAACUCAAACAAUGGGUCUCUAAAUGAUUUGUUGGCUUUGAACUCAUCUUUCAACUCUCCACCACCCGUGGCUCGUAAUGAUACAAACAAUAGUUUCAAUCGUGAUUUCUCAUCUCCAUCUAAUGCCUCUCCAUCACAGGCCGCUGCAGCCCACUCUGCCAUGAACUUUAAGAAGUUUAAUCCAACUUCUCACUUUGGUCAAAGUAUUAUUAAGGAAGAUGAAGAACUACAAACUCCACAACAACAACAAUUCCAACAAAAGAACAUGGUUCCCGCACAAACUCAACCAGCCUUAAAUGCCUCAGGCAAUGCUCCUCCACCUCCACCUGUUCAUAGAGCUGCUUCUGUAUCCCUACCUCAAGUUCCAAAUUUUGCAUCUCUUGGUAUGCCAUCAGGAAACAUGAAUAAAAAUAUUACUCCCUCAGGUGGUUUUACUAAUAAUGAUUUAUUUGCUGAUUCUCAAGCGUCUGCACAAUUAUCUUCAGCAACCACAGAAUUGGCAAACUUGUCCAAUCAAGUCAAUUCUUUAUCCAAGCAAGCUACUAUUACUAAUGACAAAAAGGCUAGAGCAGCACAAGAAUUAAAGCGUGUUAAUGAUAUGAAAGCUUCAAUUGAAAACAAACUAUCUACUCUACGUAAAACUCAUGAUGAUAAUAUGAAACAAACUGAAGUGUUGGAGAGUCAAUUAUUGGAAAGUAAUAAACAAACUGAAACUUUGAAGCAACAAUUAGGUGUCACUGAAGCAAAUUACCAUGCCAUCGAAUCUAAGUUGAAUGAAUUGACCACUGAGUUGACUACUGCUCAAGAAUCUAAUACUAAUUUGAAGGACCAAAUUGCAAACUUGAACUCUAUGACUGCUACUUUACAAACUCAAUUGAAUGAAAAACAACAAAAUGUGAGACAACAGAGAUCUAUGGUGGACGUUAAUUCAAAGCAAUUAGAAGUGGGUCAAAUCAAUCUAAAGAGUAUGCAAACAGAAAUUGACGGUCUUGAUGAAAAAUUGCAAGUGUACCUAACAAAACAAAAUGAAUUGAACGAAUAUCAAAAAACUGUGGAAGAACAACAUUCUCAAUUAGAGUCUAAAUAUAAAGACUUGGCAUUGAGAAAUGAUGAUUUAACUGAACGUGAGAAACAAUUGGAAGAACGCAAUGCUCAAAUCGAAGAGCAAGAGAAGAUCUACAAUGAUCACGUCACUCGUCUACAAGAAAUGUUCACUGAUCUAUCUAAGAGAAAGGAAGUGUUUGAAAAGGCAAAUGAUGAAUUGGAAAAACAACGUGCGGAAUAUGCAAAUAGUGUUCAAGAUUUAUCGGAAAGACAAAUUCAAUUGGCAAUGGGCCAUUUGCCUGAUGAUGCUAAGGAUAUCAUCAGUAAGAAAAAUGAUGCUAACGUAUCUAAAUUUGUUGACUCAACCAUCCUUCCUGAUGACGAGGAAAAAACUGAAAAGACUCAAAGUGAUGUAUUCGACGGUGACAUUCCAGUUGUUCCCUCUCAAAGUGAAACUGCAGGUGAGUCUCUAAAUGAAGUCGCCGGUACAUUACCAUCUGGCAAUAACACCGAAGAAGAGGCUGCACAAACAUUAGCCGAUAGAUUUGAAGGUGACUUAAACGAGUAUGGUAUCCCAAGAUCUCAGUCAUUAACGUCAUCUGUUGCAAACAAUGCCCCUCAAUCCGUCGGCGGUGAAGCAGAAUUAGCAGAACCUUUAGAUGAAAGAUUGGGUGAAAAGUCAAUCACCAAAGAGGGCCUUCCAGUAGUCAAGAAGAAUGUUUCCACGGAAGAUGAAGAGGAUUCUCACAUUCCUGGCGAAUGGGAUACACCAGAAGUUGCUGAGACACCAACUAGCACUGCUAAUAGAUCGGGAACAAUGGACACUAUCCCUGCCAUUGCUGAUACUACCAUUGUUCCUACCCCAAUUGAAGAGAAGAAUGUUGUAGAUGAAUUAGAUAAUGUUUCUGACAAUUCAAUUGAACAAUCUCCUGAUAUGUCAGCAAUGCAAGAUCAAUCUAAAUCUAAAACCAUUGAUGAAGAGUUCCCACCAAUGCAAGAGUUACACAUUGAUGAAAGUGAUUCUUCUGAUGAUGAAUUCGAAGACACGAGAGAAGUACUGUCUCCUGCUCUUCCCCAAAAAGAGAUUCAACCACGAAUUCAAGCUCCCCCAUCUAUUCAAGAAAGGGCUGCAACACCUAAGCAACCAGAUUACUUAAACACAGCGCAAGGUAGUGUUCCACCGACUUCUCCAGCUGUUGCUGCUGAUGAAUUUGAUGAUGAAUUUGCUGGAUUAGAACAAGCUGCAGUGGAAGAGGAAGGUAAUGAUGAUGAUCUUGAAACUGAUGGUAAUCAGCACUCUCCAAGCUCUAUGGAAGGCUUCGAAACAAUUGGACAUAAUGACCUAGACAAUGAACUACAGCAAAAUGCUUUUACAGGGACUAUCACGACAGAUAACAAUGCAGAUCAACGAAAAGCACCAUCUCAACUACAAUCAACCGAAUCUACUUUAAGUAACGAUGAAUGGAAUGAGAUAUUUGCUGGGUUUGGAAAUGGUAAACAACAAGGUAGUAAUACUGUUCCACCAGCAACAUCUGAACCCCAGCAAUCUAACACACAAUCAAGUUUUGCACCACCUCCAAUCAGAUCACCUGUUAACAGAGGUAUUGCUACUACUCCUAAAUCCUUAGCCAUCGAAGAAUUGAGCGGAAUGGGGUUCACUGAAGAAGAAGCUACAAAGGCAUUAGAGAAAUUUAAUUGGGACCUAGAUGCUGCGACGAAUUAUCUAUUGGACAACGCUUAA